AUCCUCCUCCUCUAGUCCUUCAUAUCCUCUUCGGGAUCAAUGUAAAACUUGAAUGUGCAAAGGGCAUCCGUGUAUCCAUCCCAGUGGUCCAUCCGCUCUCGGUCUUCCUCUCGACAAAUCUGGAUCCGAUCGGGACUAACUACGCGAACUACUGACCCGACAUGCUGAAGCAACGAGGAUCUGUUAGCCGAAGAAGACCCUUUCACUCGGUCUCAUCCAUACAUGCACAUGCAUCUACGCACACGCAUGCGACAGGCGACGGGUUCUACGGACAUAAGUACUUAAAGGCAUGGGGGUUGUCUCGAUGCCCUAGCCUAACCAACCGUCUGUGUACGCAACCACGCUCAUACCUAUUAGCGAACUUUCACACCUACACUUCUCGUCCUUCAACACAUCUCACUUCACAAUGUCAGCCUCCUCCAUGCUCGACGCCUUCCGCAUCAAGCCCUUCGACCUCGACGCCCUCUACGCAUCCUGGACGUCCCCACCCAUCUUCUCCGGUAAACCAAAGGACGACCCCGUCGCCUGGCUUGAAGAAAUCAAAGCCGGCUGUAAAGAGCGCAAAGUCCCCAAAGACAUGUGGCACCGUGUCGGACGGCACUACAUGGGUCCCAAACCCCGCGAGAGACUCGACGAGCUCGGUCGAGUCAUGCAGCAGAUGACUGGGAAGGAGAAUGUUUGGAAUUGGAAGAAGUUUAAGAUCGCGGUGCAGAAUAUUGGAUGGAGCUCACAAAGUCCGAAGUCCAAAACCGUCAGCCCACCAGUGACCGAACGUCCGAUGCCGAAGAAACAAGGCAGCUGGUGGGUCAUUGGGAAGAGCGACUCGGACAAGGACAAGGAACACAACGAGAAGGAUAAGUCAAGCAGUAGUAGCAGCACCGAAGUGGUCGUCGCAAAGACCGCACCUCCACUAUCCAUCACUCCUAACGACGCAGCUGCGCUCACAACAGUAACCAAAGCCCCCGCCUGGCUCGUCAACGCCUGCUCAGCACUCGAGUUCCUCACCGUCGAACAUCCCAAGGUCAUGUCUGCCAUGUCUGCCGUCCUCAUCACCGUCGGCUCCCUUCCCGCCAUUCCCGGUGUCGGCGUCGGCCUACCCAUCCUCGCGACUGGCGCAGCCCAGGCUGUUGGCGCUGCUGCAGUAGGAAUCGGUCAGUGUUUGAAGGCGGUGAGCGACAAGUCUCAGGGGCAGAACGGACAGGUGGCAAGCAACUGAAGAUAGUUUGACUUUUCUUUUCGACUUCGUAACGUUUUACGGAGAAACGGCGAAUGCUGGACGUCCGCCAAUCCAGCUUCUUACAAGUUACACCCACAAUCACAACCACCUCUAUAACUAACGUUCCUCCACCUCACUUAACCC